CAGCGGCUCCUGAGAGAAAGAUUGCACAGAUCCAAGGAAGCUGCAGAGCACCCACACCCAGCGAAGAUACACAGGACUACACUUACUCCCCCUCCCCCUCCCUUCCUUUCUCUCUCACCCAGCCCCUCUCUCUCUCUCUCUCUCAUGCUCAACUCUGCGCUCAGCAUUAUCAGAACUGCUCUGGUUGUAGGCAGGCUCACCGUCGUCUCUCAACAAGCCACUUGCCCCUGAGGAGAAACUUCAAGAAGCUGGUCCUCCUGCCCAAGGAUGCUGGAGCUCGGACAGAGAUGGAUGAGGCUGGUCUGCGUGUCGCUUCUGUGCCUGUAUGUGUGCCUGCCGAGGGAAUCGGACGCCAGGAGAGCCCCCAAGAUACCCCGCUGUCCUGCGACCUGCUCCUGCACCAAAGACAGUGCCUUCUGUGUGGAUACCAGGGCUAUUCCCAAGAGCUUCCCCCCUGGAAUCAUCUCUCUGACGAUGGUGAACGCGGCCUUUACUACCAUCCCAGAGGGAGCUUUCUCGCACCUUCACCUGCUGCAGUUCCUGCUCUUGAACUCCAACACAUUCACCAUGAUUUCUGACGACGCCUUUGCUGGUCUGUCUCACCUGCAGUACCUGUUCAUUGAGAAUAACGACAUCCAGGCUCUCUCCAAGUACACCCUCAGAGGACUCAAAUCCCUGACUCAUCUAUCUCUCUCAAACAACAACCUGCAGCUGCUGCCAAGAGAUCUCUUCAAACAUCUAGACAUCCUCACAGAUUUAGACCUGCGUGGGAAUUCUUUCCGCUGCGACUGUAAAAUUAAAUGGCUGGUCGACUGGAUGGAGAAGACCAACACUUCUGUCCCUGCCAUCUACUGUGCGAGCCCCUUUGAAUUCCAGGGACGCAGAAUCCACGACCUCACACCACGAGACUUCAACUGCAUCAGCGCAGAUUUUGCUGUUUAUGAAACCUUCCCUUUCCACUCUGUGUCAGUGGAGUCCUAUGAGUUCAAUGAUGACCAGUUUGUGGCCUUCGCUCAGCCUGAUUCAGGGUUCUGCACCCUGUUUGUAUGGGAUCAUGUGGAGAUGGUCUUCAGGAUGUUUCAUAACAUCACCUCUCGCUCUGCUGUGUACUGCAAACCAGUGGUGAUAAGCAACAGCCUUUAUAUGGUUGUAGCUCAACUCUUUGGUGGAUCUCACAUCUACAAGUGGGAGGAGGACCCACAGCGCUUUGUAAAGAUCCAAGACAUUGACACCACUCGCGUGAGGAAGCCCAACUUCGUGGACACCUUCCAGCUGGAUGAAGAGUGGUACUUUGUAGUAGCAGACAGCUCCAAGGCAGGCUCCACCAGCAUUUAUCGCUGGAACAGCAAUGGUUUCUACACCCACCAGUCCCUCCAUCCCUGGCAUCGGGACACCCAUGUGGAGUUCCUUGAUGUUGGGGGAAAGCCUCACCUCAUCCUCUCCAGCGCCUCUCAGCCGCCGGUGGUUUACCAGUGGAACCGAGGCCAGAAGCAGUUUGUUUUCUCCUCCCAAAUCACAGAGCUUGCAGAUGUGCAGAUGGUUAAGCACUUCUGGGUGAGGAAGGUUCUCUACCUUUGCCUCACACGCUUCAUAGGUGACUCCAAGAUCCUCCGCUGGGAAGGGCAGCGCUUCGUAGAGAUCCAGACUCUUCCCUCUCGGGGCUCAAUGGCAGUGUAUCCUUUCACAGUGGGCCUCCGCCAGUACCUCAUUCUUGGAAGUGAUUUCUCCUUCUCCAGAGUAUACCUGUGGGAUGACCUCACUCAGCGCUUUCAGCCCUUCCAGGAGCUCAACAUGAGAGCCCCACGAGCGUUCAGCUUGGUAUCCGUCGACAACAAGGACAUUCUGCUGGCGGCCAGCUUCAAAGGCAACACCCUGGCCUACCAGCACCUGGUGGUGGAUCUCAGUGCCAAGUAGACAUGCUACAGUCAGAGCGACAGGAGGUGUUUCUGAGCAUUAAUCAACACGUGCCAAAUAAAUGAAAGACUGCAAAAUGUUUAAGCCAUGUCACUAAAGGUCUGCUGUUUUACCUGACGUUUUAAGCGAGGCAACUAAUUAAUCUAUUUAUCUACUUUUAUGCACUAUCCCUGAACAUCUGAAUGAAGUAAUAGUGAUAAUAGCAUCAGUAACAUGCCAACAUAAGUGUCGUGUCACUGCCGCAUAACUGCUUCUGUUCUGCCAACCAUAUAUCCAGGCAAAUAAUUUUUCAAAAGUAUUAUAUUGUAUACUGCACUUUACUAAUGUGAAAAUGAUGUGCAUGUGCAUUGACUUAUGAAUUAUUCAUCGAAUGAGACUGGAUAUUGUAACGGACUACUGAAGGUUUUGUAGGUUACACAGUGUAGUUUAUCUGUGUAGCAUUUUGCAUGGCACGGUACAAAUGAUAUAACUAUGUAAACCAAGCAAUACUUACCAUUGAAAUACUUAAAAUCCUUGAUUAUGUUUAUGUUUAUAUUUGACUUUGAUGUUCAAUUCUGCAAUAAUACCAUGGGAUCAGAGCCGGCAUGAGCAAAUUAAGCGAGAGGCCCUAAAAUGCCUGAAAAUGUGAACCUAGUAUCUCUUUAGAAUUUAAGUUUUUAAAGACGUUAUCCUUGAUUUUGUUAUAGUUCCCAAAUCACAAAAUGUUCCCCAACAGUGGGAUCUUUUUUUGAGAACGUCAGAAAUAAGAGAAUAUUUUAGGGCUUUUGCAAACUUGGGCAUUAUAACGAAUAACCAAUUUGAGAGACGUUAUUUGUGGAGCUAUAACACGAUCGGAGAAUGUUUAUUUAAGUUAUGAGAAGUUCUAAUCCGUUCCUAUGUUUUGUAACAUAGUCACAAACUGUAUUUAAUUGUUUAUGCAUACAUUCUUUUGCACAUUGAAGGGGGGGUU